UGGCAUAAGAACAGCGAAGUAAGUGCACAAAGUGCAACGGAAACGGACAGACAGGAGGGACUAGUGCGAUUCAAAACCAUUUUAAAAACGAAAGAGUAAAUCAUUACAUACGCAAUAAUUUAAUUGAAAUAUAUAUAUGUUUUUUUUAUAAGUGUACGUACUCGAUGUGACUCUCGUUUCGUUAUUUCUUUCAAAUCAGCUUUCAUUUCACGCGGUCUUGCGACAAAAAACUCCCCGCGGAGAGCACGGCGAAAUACGAUGUCGCUGUCAGUUGCUUAGUGCGUCAUCACUAGUCUUCGCGUUGAGUGAGAGCAGCACGGACUUGUCCUUGUGAAGGGGAUCGCGAUCGCGAGGAGUGGAAACUGUGGAAGGGAACAACGCGCUUGACAAGCGCCAGCCGUCGCUUGCCUCGCUUGGCGUGAAGCGACGGCAUUAAAUGAUACAGAGUAAUACGCAGACAAGCAUUACAACUCGUGUGCAGACAUGUCUAAGGAGACCGUCAUAAACGACGUGCCGAACGUCGCGAUGAGGCUGCAGGGCUUGCAAGUUGAAGUGGUCGAGGUGCCGGAAGAUGAGACCGAUCAGGCGGAAAACGCGAUGUUCUUGAUGAACGGAGCCGUCGGCGGCGGACCGUCGUCGUCGUCGUCAUCGCGCGAACCGCUGCAGAACAUCACCCUCUCCCGGGCACGACGCGGUCUCAACUUUGCCAGUGACGAGGACGUGUCCACUAGCUCGUCGGUGUCGCGAAGCGAGUCCCUGGCUUCGAACGGCGAUAACCGGCCACCGACCAAUGCCGCCAACACGUCAUAUUUGGAAGGACAAUCUCAGAACAAUGCUGUAUUGGAGAAUUCUCCUAUAAAUAAUCAACCGACAUACAACUGGCAGAGUACAAAGGCGACACUGCGCGAAAGGAUUGCUUUUCUCUUCAAUAAUGAAAUAUUGUCAGACGUGACGUUUCUGGUGGGAAGAGGAACGCAACAGCAACGUAUACCAGCUCACAAACUAGUCUUGUCUUCUGGAAGCGCUGUGUUUGACGCAAUGUUCAAUGGCACACUUGCGACAGCUUCUUCAGAAAUAGAAGUACCUGAUGUUGAGCCUGCUGCAUUUUUGGCAGUGCUUCUUUUUCUAUACACUGACGAGAUACAAAUUGAUCCCGAGACUGUAAUGACAACCUUGUAUACAGCCAAGAAAUACGCGGUGUCUGCUUUAGAAAAGCACUGCGUUGAUUAUUUGAAGAACAAUCUGACAAGCGAUAACGCUUUCUUACUCUUGACACAAGCUCGUCUAUUCGAUGAACCACAAUUAGCUGCAUUAUGCUUGGACACCAUAGACAGAAUCACAACUGAAGCCCUUAGUGCUGAUGGAUUCACAGAUAUCGAUAUCGACACACUGAUGAUAGUCUUAGAAAGAGACACUCUUCAUGUUAGAGAAUCUAAACUAUUUCAGGCUGUAGUAAGGUGGUCAGAGGCUGAAUGCACAAGGCGGCAAUUAACGGUCAUUCCAAAGAACCAACGUAUGGUUCUCGGCAACGCUUUGUCCUUGGUUCGUUUUCCGCUCAUGACAAAAGAAGAAUUCACAUCAGGACCGGCACAAUCUGGCCUAUUAAAUUACGAAGAGGUCUUAUCUUUGUUCUCAUAUUUCAUAUUAAAUCCCAAACCGUCAGUGGACUUUCAAACGGUGCCGCGUUGCUGCAUGACAGGCAAGGAACAAACUGUUUGCAGGUUUCAGCACACCAAAAGCAGAUGGGGAUAUUUUGGAACUAGCGAUCGUAUCCGAUUUAGAGUGGACAGAUGUAUUUUUUUACUUGGCUACGGCGUUUACGGUGGUAUGCAACCGUCGAUAUAUGAAGUAACGAUGGAAUUAAUUCACACUUCUUCGGGAAAAGUGGUAGCCACGAACACAACAAGUUUCACUUGCGACGGAUCAAAGUACACGUACCGUCUAAUGUUUAAAGAAUUAGCGGAGGUCUUGCCAAACACGACGUAUACGGCAUCGGUAUUCUUUAAGGGUCCAAUCUCGCAUUACGGCACAAAAGGAAUGAAAACUGUGAUGGUGGAUACUGAUUUGGAUAAUACGAAGGUGAAAUUCGAAUUUAGCAACGAGUCGGGAGAUUGUAAUGGUACAACGGUCGAAAAGGGUCAAAUUCCCGAGUUUAUCUUUUAUGUGUAAUAUUUUUUCGUACGUAUAAUAAUGACAUUCCUCUUAUUUUUGAUUGGUUGGCUAUGUCACAAAUUAAAUUAAAUCUUGUUAAGUUUGUACAAAACAAAGUAUACCGAGAUUUCUCUCGAUUAUUUAUCUCGUAUAUGAUUGUUUAAAAGUUUUUUUUUAUUUAAGUUAUUUUAUGUAUAUGUGUGCCACUUUGUACACACAAAAGGAUUAAUUCAAUAUAUUUAUACGUAAAGAUUCUCUUAAUUUUAUCGAAUAGUGUAAAUUAAGAAAUCCAUAAUGCAACACAAUAAUGCAAAAAAAAUAUUAAUCUUACGAUGAUAUAUAUCGAUAUAUAUAUAUCGACAAUGCUGUAUAAUAUACAGCAUUUUGAUCUAUGGCAAGUAUUUGCAAAGAGUAUUUGACUUUUAAAAUUUUAAAUGUUUAAAUAAUUUUAAUGUUGCUUGUGAUGUUAAUUAUAUUAAUUACACGAGUUGCUCGAAAAAGAUCGAUGGUUAAAACUGGAGAUGUACAAUCUAUUUUUUUAUCAUUUUAAUUCGAAUCUUUGUGAACAAAAUUGUAAACGUUAAAAGAUCGUGACUAAGUACACAGGUGAGAUCACUAACACGCGUCGUAAUUAACAAAUAUUUGUGACAUGUGCACGUUUCAACUUUGCCUAAACGUUUUGCUCGAAACAUGUUUGCCGAUGUUAUUUAAAAACUUCUGGCAAGAACGUUUAAAACACUUCUUCAAAGAGUGCAAAAGUAUAUAUAAUUAAUGCAAUAAAAGCCUAAAGCAUUUUUCGAAGUAUUGUUUAGUAAAAAGUAGCAUUUUAGUGGUCACACGCAAUGUGUCACGGAGAUAUGUAGAAAUCGAAGCUCCCAUUGCUACCCUGAUAGGAAAAUAUUUACAAAAUUAUAUGUGACGAAAUCUUGCACUAAAAUUGUAAUUUGCAAUUACGUACAGAUAUAU